UUUGAAGAUCAGACGCAAUCAACACUUCUGUAAAUCCGGCCAGGCGACCCACACAUGGCUAUAGUGCGGCAGCUUCCCGUUAGCUUUCAGACUUCCUUCUCGAAUUCCACUUCGUACCCAGAGAAUCUCAUUCACAGAGGCACAAGCACAUAUCCUACUGCUCUCAAGGCUUAUCGGAAGCGUCUUGAUGAUGUGUCGCCGAAGCUCCUCUUACACAGCGAGACCCAUGCGGAGGUCCCGAUUAUCGACCUUUGCAGCGAGCUGGGGAACAAAAUCCAAGGCCGUUAUGUCAAUACCACCGCAAAGUUGACGAGUGUUCUGGGCAUCGAGUCACGCCCGAACCCCGCUGCCGCCACACAGAACGACAUCGUUGCCACGAAAAGAGAUCCAAAAUGCAGAUUCAUCUACUUUUACGGACCGCAUUCUAGGGCAAGGCUGAGAGCCACACGGGACAUACUCUCUCAGAUACUAACAUGCCAUCAAGUAAUGCCAGCCUAUCUAGAUUUCAUGUUCGUUUUUGGCUCCCAAAGCGAACCAAGAGAUCUCAGAUUUAGCGGUUUUCGGGAACAGACGGCGCUCUGGGAUCCACCACGCGGACAGGCCGUGACAGAUCUCGGUAGGAGUGGCCGGCAAUAUCAACUCUGCUACAACCUCAAAUGUGUCACUCUGAAGGCAAAGAACGAAGAAGACCCAUCGCUCACCGAAUGGUCUAUACGUCAGGCCGCUAUUCAUCACCAGUUCGACGUCGUCUAUGGCACUACUCUUUGGAUUGUCACCACAGGCCACAGCGACCUUGAAAAUAGGUUUCGCGAACUAACUGGAAAGGAUGGACGGCCGGAGGACAAGUCAUUCGACACCCUUGAGGAAUGCUUCCGAUCCAGUUUGUCCGCCCAUCUGUUGUACUGCCAUUGGUCCACAGAAGAAUGGCGUUGGUACAUCGGAUGGAUCGAGGAAGUGAUGGAUGAAAAAACGUUCGGCGCAGUCUUUAGUCCAACCCAUCGGCAAUACAAGCCGCAUCAUAUCCAGGAUCUACAGCAAUGGGAAGACAAAACCAACGAGGUCAUUAUGGUUCUCGAAGCAAACGUUGAAGUUAUGCGCUCGCUCCGCGAUUUCUACACUGCCAUCUUCAAGAAAAGAGACUUUCCGAACGCUCUGAAGGACGAAUGUAUGGAUGACUUGCACGGGUUUGCGGCACAGAUCGAUUCCAUGAUCUAUGACUUGAGAAUGCAGAUCGCUCGUGCAGUGCUCUUCGUUAAGAUAACAAAUGAUAGGAAGGAGCUUGUAAAGACGCAUCUCCAAACCCAAGCGACAGAAAGAAUGGAAAGGCUGAAUCGAAAUAUGGAGAGAGAAGCAAUUGUCAUGCGCAUCAUCACUUUCGUCACAUUGAUCUAUCUACCUGCGACAUUUGUAUCCACAUUUUUCAGCACCGACAUCAUCAAAUAUCAAAGCCAGACUGGUGACGCUCCGGGCGAGGGCACUUUCUCAAAAGCCGCGAUGAACCGAUGGAUACAGGUCACUCUACCACUUACAGUCCUGACCCUGCUUUUUGCUUGGUCUUUUCUGAAGCUCUCCGAAAGAUGGAGAACGAACCAAGAGAGUCCAAGGGCGAUACCGAAGCAGCAGCCGGCAAAGGCGACAAGCGGAAGCCCAACAGGCGGACUUCUACCGACGUAUCUUCGGUACAAGAAGGCGCAGCUCGGAGUGUCUAUCAGGGAGAAAACGUUUUGGAAAGUAUGACAGAUCCGCUUGCAUCCAUAGGUAAAGAGUGAUCAUUUGUAUACGUAUAGAGAGCGCCUUAGAGGGCUAUAUCACGUGAUGUUAGCACAAGAUCCAUCGAGUGCCGUGAACAGUUUGAGCAUCCCGAUUUGUCUCACAAUAUCAAUUCAAC